AUGUUUAAAUCGAAAUCAUUUCGUAUUAAUCAUGAAAUAGACAAGAAGCCGAAAGUACAUGACCUUUGCUAUGAGUCCAAACGAAUACGUUGGAUGAAAUUUUUGAUUAUACCACUGAUCAUCGCUUUCUCAUUGCUUUUGGUGCUGAGUAAUGUGAAUUUCUCGGGCGAGUCAUAUGAGCACACUGUGACCCCUUCCAGUGGAAGCCAUACAAAGGUAACACAAACGCCAACGAAGGAAGUAGCAACUGUGGCUAACAUCGACCAAGGCUUAGCGAUGGAGGAAGCUGGACUUGAUACUACAAAAAGUUACGAUGAAGUGGAGAAAAGGAGUGGCGCAGUGGAUGUAGCAGUGCAGUACUUGAAAGAGGCUCAGGCAAAAGUCACUGGCGUCCAAUGCACAGACAAUAACACGUGUAAGAGAGUAGUUUGUAAGGGUGGACCCAUAUACACUUUGCAAUAUGAAUUCGAUUACUUUUUGGAUUGGUGCGAAAAUAAAUAUUUUGACGUCAUCAUAGAGAAUUGCACAUUCAACAAAAGUACCAUAGACAGAUCCACAUUCUCAGGGAGUUUCAAGAUGUCCACUUUAACAAUACGAAAUUGCACACUCGACACGAUCGUUGAUAAUGCCUUCAACUAUCAAACUCUGAAUAAAUUGGCGAAUUUAACAUUUGUUGGUACGCAAUUAAAAGCUUUGAACUCGCAAACGUUUCUUGGUUUGGAAACUGUGGAAAAUUUCCAACUGAUCAAUCUGCUCAAGCAGGAAACUCUGCCUUUGAACGCUAGUAAUUUCUUGCAACCAAUGGCUCCGAGUCUCAGCAAUUUAGUGUUGCAACAAACCGAGGGAUCAUGUUGUUCCAACACCAUUUAUGAUCCCACUGAGUGGUUGGGUGGUAACAGCGUCACGAUCUACAGUAAACUAACGUAUGUCGAUUUGAGCGGCACUAAUUUUAACGACACACUUAACGGUAAUACAUUUGCAAAACUAUCAGCAGUGCAGGAACUACGGAUGGCCAAUUGCAGUUUGAGCACAAUCGCCGAAAACGUAUUCACUGGCAUUUUGUCGACACUAAAAUCGCUCGAUUUGAGAUAUAAUCGUUUACAGACGCUGGACGGUGAGUUCCUUGCCGCUGCUAUUCCUAAAGGAAUUAACAUGGAAUUGGGGUGGAAUAUGUGGAGAUGCGAUUGUGACAAUAUGGAAACCAUUGAGUACAUGAAGCAAAUAAAAAAUAAUUCUGCGGCCGAUACGGUAUGUGCAACACCAACAGAUUUAGCAGGCACACAAGUCAGCUCGUCGCAAAUAAGCUGUUACAUCACGACCAUACCUACAACAAUUUUAACAACCAAAACAACCACAGCAGCUCCUACAACUACAGCACCAACAACCGCAACUAUUACGGAUGAAACCAUAUUCGCAACGAAAGAGACUAGUGCAGACACUAUACCAACAUCUUCUACAAUUGCAAUCGACAGCACAACUUCAACGGCUUCAGACUCUACCCCAAGUAUUGUGCCGACAACAGUAGAUGAUAAAACUGAGGAAACAGCAGAAUCGAGCUCAGAAAGUCUACCAACAACUUCUACAACUAUCAUCGACAACUCAACCUUAAAGACGUCAGCUACAACGGAAGAAACAGAUGUAAGUGAAAACACUGAUACAACUUUAGUCUCAACAAUAGUUACAACGAUUUCUACAACAACACCCAAAUAUACUACUAUCAAUACAUCUGCAGGAACAACUAGUGAGACUGUCACACCACCUUCGUCCCAAAUGACAUCCACGACUGAAGAUAGCUCAUCCAAAGAAACAUCCGAACCCAUAUCGACAACAACUACGCCACAACUAACUGACACAACAAACGAGAAUACAACCUUAACUUUUUUCACGGGAACAAUAACAAUACCAAUAACAACUGACGAUGCUACGGAAGGAACUGUUAACCCCGAACAUACAACGGAAAUUGUUAUCAAUACGACCCUGACCUGGAGCACCAUCGUUCCAACGACGAUUAUACCACCAACGAAUUCUUGCUAUGGAAAUAAAGCUCCAAAGUAUUUACCGUGCAGCGAUAUCAUAGCCUUUAAGCUUUGUGACUAUGACGUUACAUUCAAUGUGGUACCGAUAUCAUCGCGAAGUGUGCAAUUGCAAUUCGGCGGCGGUGCGAAUAGUUUGCACCUGAUCUACUUUCAGGUGAUCGACAACAGUAUAAGGAAGGAAGUCGAGAUCGAGAAUAAUAGCGAAAUCAUUAUAAAUAACUUAGCGCCGAAUGGAAGUUAUACCUUCUGCCUCAUACCGAAGAAUGAAACGAGUACCUCACCAUUUAAUUGCCGUUCAGCGCACUUGCCACAACUUGAAGCUUGGUUGGAGUAUAACGAUGUUGCGCUUUUUUGCACGAUCGCCAUACUCGUAACUGUUGUUUGCGCAGUUAUAGGGGUGACAGCAACAUAUUUUCUAUUGCGUUGGCGGCCAACUUUAUUGUAUGGUAAUAAACGUCUGCAUCGUAUUGCUUCGACAACGCACGAAGUGCUACUACUACCGAAACCUAAUCGCACAUCUUUAGAUUCGAAAACAUACGCGCUCAGUGAACUCUCCAAAAUGCAUUCAUCGGUCAGCGAUUCAUUGACACCGGAGAAUUAUUUAAAUAUUAAUUCAUACGACUAUAUGCAGUAUGUCAAAGACAUCGAAUUGAUGAAACAACAAAGAGUGCCACAUAUUUCCAUGAAUCAGCCUCCUGUACAUCGAGCCCCUCCUACACCGGAUCAGAAUAUUAAUUUAUACGAUUAUAUGCAGUAUGUCAAAGAUAUCGAGUUGAAGAAACAACGAAGAGUGCCACACAUUUCCAUGAAUCAGCCUCCAGUACAUCGAGCUCCUGCAUUGCCACCAAAUGUUGGUGGCGCUACAAUGAAUAGCCACACCAGUGGUUAUAUACCAAUUCGACAUCCCUCACACCUAUCGGCAGUAGUAAUGGAAGACGCGCCACAGCAGCAGAGUAUACGUAGGGGUGCACUGGCGAAGUUACCUCCAGAGCCAGUGGAUGUCGUGGAGAACGAAUAUGAAAGCUUGGAUUAUUAUCAGGAAAUUUAUUAA